UUGUUUAUUUUUGUUAUAAUUUGUUUUGUUUUAUUUCAGGAAAAUGGUUGAAACGGCAGAUUUUUCAGUUUUUACUGUAGAUUUUAAUCCUAGUGAACAGAGUCUAGCUGAGACUCUUGUUAAUAAUUCAAAUUAUGUUGGUAAAAAGCUUACAACGGAUUUAAGAGUUCCAGGAAGGAUAGGAAAUCCAGAAUUUUAUGAUUUUUGGAAAUAUGAACUGAAGGCUUCAGAUUUUAUCCUUGAUACUAUCAAGAAUGGUUACAAAUUUCCUUUUUUAGAUUUACCUCCAGGUGGAUUUCAUAAGAACAAUAAGAGUAUGCUUGAUAAUAGUGAUUUUGCUUUAGCAGAACUUCUAAGAUUGGAGCGUCUAGGUUGUAUCUCUAGAGCUGAAGAGCAACCUUUUCUUUGUCUACCUUUGUCGGUAGUUUUUAGUAAAAAAUUGAGAUUAGUUGUGGAUGCUAGCAGGCAUUUGAAUCCUUUCCUUGAGGAUAGGAAGAUUAAGUUGGAGGGCCUAGAUGUUCGAGAGCAGAUUUUGCGUCAAGGAGAUUUCCAGACUAAGGCAGAUUUAGACUCAGGCUAUUGGCAUGUUCCUCUUUUUGAAGGGCACAAAAAGUUUGUGGGUUGUCAUUUUUUACAUCAAGAUGGGAAAGUUUCCUUUUGGGUGUGGAAUGUCUUAUUUCUAGGAAUCAAAGAUGCAGUUUGGAUUUUUACUAAACUGUUAGUUCCACACAAAAGAUAUUUGAGAAGCAAGGGUAUAAGAAUGUCAAUUUACAUUGAUGAUCAAAGUGUUUUAGGUUCUAGUUAUAACGAUUGUUUAGCUAAUACGCAAAUUGCUUUAGACUCUUUAGCUAAGGCUGGUUGGGUAGUGAAUUGGUCUAAAAGCUCUGAACCACCAGUACAAGACAUGGUUUUUCUGGGUUUAGUUAAUUGCACCAAAACAAUGAAAUACUUUGUACCGGAAGACAAGCGUGAAAAAAUUUGUGAUUUAAUUUCUUCGAUUUUAAGAUCCAAAAAAGUUCACAUUAAAACUUUAGCCAAGCUCAUGGGGAAACUUCAGUUUUGCAUUAAAGCAUUUGGUCCGUGUAUUAGACUUCUUUGUAGAUCUUCGUAUCAUUUGAUUUCUAAAGCUUCUUCCUGGAAUAGUAUGAUCACGUUGUCUAGUUUAGCUAUUAGAGAACUAUCAUUCAUUCUAACUAAUUGGAAUGAUAUUAAUGGUUUUCCCAUUAGAGCAUCUUUAUCUGAAACUAAAGUUAACAUUGAACUGUGUAGUGAUUUAAGUGAUGUGGGAACUUGUGUUUACCAGGUUUGCUCAGAAUCUAACGAGAUUUUGUUAAAACAAGUUUUUUUCUGCUGAAGAUUCUAAAAAGUCUUCUACUUUCAGGGAGCUUUUAGCUUUCCAUUAUUUUUACACUGGUCCUAAAGCUUACGUUUUUAAAGAUUUAAAUAUUGUGCAUUACACUGACAAUUUAAACUGUGCUACUAUUUUGUCAGUGGGUUCUAGAAAUUUUUCUCUACAACCCUUAGUUUUAGAUAUUUUCUUAGCUUGGAAGAGUUUAAAUGUCAAAGUGUCCGUUAUUUAUUUAUCUAGAUCUGAUCCAAGAAUUGAAUUUACUGAUUUUCAUUCUAGAAAUUUUGAUCUGCAUGAUUACAGUUUAGAUUUUGAUAAUUUUCUCUUUGUUUCUUCUAUUUUUGGCCCUUUUGAUGUGGAUUGUUUUGCUUCAGAUUCUAACAAAAAAUGCUGUACUUAUUUUUCUAAAUAUCCAGAUGAAUUUUCUAAAGGGGUCAAUUUUUUUGCCCAAUCUUUACAUGUUAAUGUUAAUUAUUUUGCUUUCCCUCCUGUUCAUUUGAUAAUUCCAGCUAUAAUGCAUUUUGCUAAGUUUAAAUCUGUAGGAUGUAUUAUUGUCCCUAUUUGGGUUUCAUCGCAUUUUUGGUAUUUCAUUUGUGAAGACGGAAAACAUUUGAACUUCUGGAUUAAAAAGUUUUUCAUUUUCAGUCCGGAAUUUAUUUCUGGUCAGCAUGUUAGGAAUGACAUGUUCAAAGGGGUUAAAAAAUUCAACUCUUUGGCUUUAAAGUUUGAUUUUUCGGCAAACAAUUGUUUUCAGUCUCAAAAAUCCAAAAAGUUUUGUUUAAGUCAAGAUUGUUUUAUUUGUUCUUGAUAUUAUUGUCUUAUUUCUUUGCAGAAAAAUGUUUAAAAAGUCUAAAGAUCCUAGCAGGGUGAUAAAUUUGGUGCAAGCAGUGAGACAACCCACUAGUUUAGGGGGUGUCACUGAAGAAUUUGAUUCUUACAAGGCUAAAAUUUCAAGCUAUUUGAGUUCAAGCUUAGCUACUUCAACAAGUGAAAGCUAUUUUUUGAGUUUUAAUAGGUUUUCAAAGUUUUGCGUGGAAAACAAUGUUCCAGUGUUGCCCACAAAUGUGGAAGUUUUUAUGACUUUUUUAAUUAAAAUUUCUGAAGAAGCAGGUUCUGCUGCCCCUGCUAAGCUCAUGAGAAGUGCUGUGAGACAUUUUAACAUUUUAAACAAUCCUUCUCAACCUUCUCCUACAGAUAGAGAAGACAUAUCUCUUUUAAUAAGGAGUUUUGAUCGUAAAUUUGCAAAGCCAGUUAGAAAAAGUGAUCCUACGACAAUUGUUAUUGUUCGAAAAUUGAUUGAUUCGCUUCUGAACGGAGACCAAUUGCGAUUUUUUAAUUUUCAAAAAUCGGUAGAAGACUGGCAAUUAGUUGCAAAGACUGUUGUAAAAUUUUAUUGCUUUGCAAGAUUUGAAGAAGUUUUAGACUUGAAACUUUCUAAUUUCGAUUUUCAACCUUCAGGACAUUUGGUCGUAACUUUUUUCAAAAGUAAGAAUAAUCAAUUUCACGAUGCGAAGAAGUGUACUAUUGCUCCGGCGGAAAAUGCUCUUUAUUGUCCGGUAAACAUUGUUAAAAAAUAUAUUGCUGUAAUGAAUUUUCCCAAAGAUUCUAGUGUUUAUUUUUUGCCGCGUUUUGUCCAGGGAACUCCUAAAUUUUUGUUGAAGACAAAUUAUGCUUAUUGUGUUUCUAAAUUCAAGGCGGGUUUAUUGAAAAUAGGAGUAAAUCCAGAAAAAUUCGGAGAACAUAGUGACAGAAUUGGAGGGUUGUCUGCAGCAGCUAAUGCUGGGUGCUCCAUAAGUGAGCUACAAACUCAUGGCAGAUGGAAAAGUGAUUAUGCACCUAAAUUGUAUCACAAAAAAUCUUUGUUUCAGAAGGAGAAAGUUUCAAAUGUUUUGAAUGAAUUGUAAUUUUCUAUUUUAUUUUUCGUUCAUUGAAAAAUUUUUAAGCUUUAUUUG